GGGUCGGCACAGCGCUGGCGAGAAGCAGCUGUGUGGUUUUGUUUUGUUUUGGUCUCUCCCUGAAAUUCUCGGAGGCACCGCUGUACCUGUGUGAGAUCAUGCGGUCCUGUGGGAAGAUCUUGACGUUGUCACCACGCUAGCAGUGUAAAGUAGCGAGGCGGUUAGCAGCAGCGUAGCUUCACCAUUCCGAAAGCGUCGUGGUGCGUCUACAAGGAGGGACACAUUCACCAUGAUGAAGAAAAAGAAAUUCAAGUUUAAAGUUGAUUUUGAGCUGGACGAGCUGUCUUCGGUGCCAUAUGUUAACGGGGUUCUGUUCUGUAAAAUCCGUCUGCUGGAUGGCGGGUUUUCGGAGGAAUCAUCACGAGAAAUGGUCCAGGCCAACUGUGUACGCUGGAGAAUGAGGUUCUCGUUUCCAUGUAAAAUGAGCGCCAGUGCUGGAACAGGAGUUCUUGAUCCUUGCAUAUGUCGUGUUUCUGUCAGAAAGGAACUGAAAGGUGGGAAGACUUAUGCAAAGCUGGGCUUUGCUGAUCUGAACCUGGCUGAGUUUGCAGGAUCUGGGAGCACCACACGCCGCUGUUUACUGGAGGGCUACGACACAAAGAACACCAGGCAGGACAAUUCUAUUCUCAAGGUGAUCAUCUGUACUCAUCUUAUGUCUGGAGACCCCUGUUUCAAAACACCUCCAUCCACUGCCACAGUGAUUGGGAUCCAGGGGGAUGGAGAGACUCUGCUGGAAGAGCGAAGAGGUGGAGACACCCAGAAACCCUUUCUGGGGCUUUCAGAAACCACAGGCAAGUGUGGUUCUGUGCCUGAGGAGCUAGGUUUGUGUGGUCAUUCCCGAACCUCCAGCUAUGCUAGUCAGCAGUCUAAAGUAUCAGGCUACAGCACAGGUCACUCCCGCUCCUCCAGCCUAUCAGAGUUCACCCAUAAGAGGAACACGUCAGUUGGUAGCGCAUCCACAGGCAUUGCUAGCAUCCCUGAGCCCAGUGAGGAGAGCCUGAGUUCCACAGCACCCGCUGCUGCUGUCCAUGAAGCCUGUAGCACACUGCCAGUAAACCCUGCUACACCAGACAGAACUUCCAGCAGGCAUCCGAUGAAACAGGACUCGAUGGAAUCUCAGCUGAAGCGGAUGGAUGCCACUAGGGUUGAUGCUGAUGAUGUGGUGGAGAAAAUCCUACAAAGCCAAGACUUCACUCAUGGCAUGCUCGAUUCUAGCAAUGAAGAGGAGGGUCUUCGUUUAUUUGUGGGUCCUGGAGGAAGCACAGCACUUGGCAGCCAUCAUCUACCUGCCAGGGUUGGAGCUGGUGCCUAUGAACAAGUGGUGAUUAAGCGCUAGAGCUGGAAGGUGCCAAGUAGAGAGGUGGCACAAACCAAAGUACAAGAGAGAGGGCGGGUACUCCAACCUCCUUUCUUUCCAGCAGUGUGAUUAUUACUAUUAUUAUUAUUAUUAAUUUUUUCCGUCCAUUUGCUGCUAGUAAAGCCUGAGAAUUUUCAAAGAGCAGUGUCUGCCAUCAUUGUAGAAGCCGGGCUCCUCUGAAUCCUGGGGUAACUCCAUUACUUUCCAAUCCCAACACUCCCUGCUUUCCUCUUUGACUCGCCAAUAAAACAUUCAACAAAGGAGGGAAACUGAUCUUUUAUGUUGGAACAGGAAACAAACCUUGGAGUGUUUUGCUUGGUUGGCAGUUUUGUUCCACUUUUUUUUUGUCAUCUGUGUGGUGAGGAUUUGAGCUCUCCAUUGGAUCUUGUGUAUUCAGUGGUGUGGGUUUAAUAUUUAAAGUUUUAAUAGAUGGCCAUAUUCAGAGGAGUCAGCAGCUGUGUGUGUGUAGAUGGGAAUUGCAGAUGCAGUGUUGCAGCAUUCUGGUGAAGGUCACAUUACGAUUGCAUAGUGCUUCUUUGAUGAUCUCAUUACACCAAGCUGAAAGUGAACCGACUAGCUGGCAUUGGAGAGAUUGACUUUCGCAGUACUCACUGAAUAAAGUGUCACCUUUACAUUUAAACAAAUGAUUAAUAUUCUGUCAGAUUUGGACAUUAGUUUUAGUUCAUCAAACAUGGUCUAUGUGCAACUGUUCUGUUUGUGCUUUUGAUUGUACAGCCAUUUCAAGUGGCAUCUCACUCCUUCAGCACAUAUGAGGCUAGGGUCAAGCCACUCAGAAACUGCCAUGAUCAUUAUCUGGAGUGUAAUACAGCAGUUUGGCCCUUCAGCCAUAAUCGCACCAUGUACAUUACAGCUAAUUAGCUAUUUAUUUUACUGAGCACAGAGGGCAUGAUUGGGAGCUGAGGAGUAGGAAUUCACAGGGUUAUUAUUAUAUUGUGAAUUAUAGCCUUUGCAGCCGCAAAAGCAUUUUUCAUAGGCUUUAAUUUCAUUUAAAGUGCUACAAAAAUGUAGUCUAUGACCCUCUUUUUGUUUAUUUAUACUAUGUACAUGUAUUGCUGUUGUGUUCGUUUUUUUCAUAUGCAUCACAAACACUACAAAGUGUAUACUAAUGUCUGCCAAGUUUGUGCAUAUCUGAUGUUUAUCAUGAUAUACUGUUAAAGUACUUUUGUUAGUUUUCUGUCUGCUAGUGUAACCAUGAACCAGGUUCUCUAUGGUUUUAUGUGCCAUAUGUUUUACAAAAGCCAUAUGUUUUACAAAGUGUGUGUGUGUGUCAGUGACAGGGAGAGAGAAUACACACAGGAUAGUAUUUUGGUAGCUCUUUAGUGUAUCUUAACUCUGGCCCUAGGGAGAAACUAUGUAGGGCUAGAUUUAACAACCAAAAGCAUGGGUCUUAUUUGAAAUAUCUCGAGUGUAUAAAUGUCUAUAACAUCUAUUAUAUCACUUCUGAUAUGAUGUAAUAUCUCAGAAGCCUGACGAAAUGGACAGACUGAGUUAAGCCAGGGCUCUUCACUAUUACAAAACAUUAGUAUUGUGUCUUACAACCCAGACCAUUAGGUUUCCAUAGGGCAUUGUUUCAUACAUUAUAUCUGUACAGUGUACAAUAACAGAAUCCUUAGAUAUUUGAAUAGCUGACAUUGGGUGUAGGUACCAUGUGUUGGAAAACACCAUGGCUUUUUUUUUUUUAAUCAAGUCUGUGAAGCUUUUGCUCCUUGUACGUUACUGUACAGCGUAACGGUGAUGCUUUUUAGUGUUCUGCAUUGCCAUUGUGAUGUUCAGCUUCUUUUAAAUCAAUUGAUGCUGAUUGUGUACCGCGCACUGUUAAAUAAACAGUUUUUAACACAAAA